AUGGCUUCCGAAAAGAAGCCAAAACGGCGAAAGGGGCCAGGCAGCAGGCAGACGAAGGGGGCGAAACAGCCUCAAACAGUGCCCGCCGACAUAGCUCCAGGAAAUGGAUGGAUGUCACCUGUUGAGCUAUUCGACAAUACUAUCAUUGCAUCAGUGAUGCAAUCACAACAGACGCGGAAAUACACCCUUCAUAGUGUUAAGCUCACGACCUUCUCCGAUUUCACAAACUUCGAGAACCUUCCGAAAGAGGAUGCCUCUGUUGCGCAAAACGUCCAUCGCCUCACUCUCUUGCAAGCGCCGGGUUCCACACCGCGACGGAACCAGAUGACCCUUCGUUUUGACCAAGUCCUUUUGACCGGAACCUCAUCCGGUACAAUGGGCGAGUUCAUCUCGUUAUACUCCAAUCCCACUGUGCCUGCCUAUCUCACGCAAAUUGUUCCCUCAAAGACAGUCCGAAUCGAACGUCUCGAGUGGUUUAACCUUCAUGAGCAUGUUGAUGCGUGGCUGCUAGGUGGCCCAUUUGAUCUCCAGCUGCGCGAAUUGAAUCUAUAUUUGCCUAUGGGUACAUCACUAAUGAUAGACCUCCAAGAAGCAUAUCUCAAGCGGACAGGCUCGAACCUACGCAAGCUCGCUGUUUCUAUCACCUCCCCACCGGGCGUCAAGUUUCUGGAGAUUCCACAACUUGAGGAAUGA